CUAAAAACGUAAAUUUAUAAGUGGCUAUCCCUUGAGUUGACUGUGUCUAAAUCCAAAAUAAGAAAAUCGAAAGUUGAAGCACAGUGGGCGAUUAUAGAGAUGACGCUCAAAUUAUACGUAGAUCGUAUGUCUCAAGCUUGCCGUGAAGUUAUAAUCUUCUGCAAGUUAAAUGGGAUAGACUUUGAGGAAGUUCAUAUAGAUCUCUCCAAACGCCAGCAAUUGUCUCCUGAAUAUCGAGAAAUUAAUCCCAUCCGGCAAAUACCAGCUAUAAUGGAUGGAAGAUUUAAGCUUUCCGAAAGUCAUGCAAUUCUUAAAUACCUGGCUUGUGCAUUUCCACGAAUUGCAGAUCAUUGGUAUCCAGCUGACUUAUACAAAAGAGCAAAGGUUGAAUCUGUGUUGGACUGGCAUCGUACUAACUUCCCUCGCGGUCCAGGUUCAUAUACAUUUUAUUCUGUUCUUGCUCCUACUGUUGGGUUGCCUUUAAAUACAAAAGCAGCAGCAAGAACUGAGAAGAUGUUUAUAGCAUGUCUUGCAACGAUCGAGUCUGUUUGGCUCCAGAAAAAAGGACGCUUUUUGCUUGGGAGUGACCAACCUUCAAUUGCAGAUCUUAGCUUAGCGUGUGAGAUUAUGCAACUUGAGAUUCUGGAUGAAAAGGAUCGUGAGCGGAUAUUAGGCCCAUUCAAGAGAGUUCUGAAGUGGCUUGAUGAUACGAAGAAUGCCAUGGCACCUCAUUUCGAGGAAGUACAAUCAACCCUCGCUGGUUAUAAGGAGAAGGUGCAGAAGCAAAGAAAUACUGUAGGAAGUAAAAUUACUCAAUCGGGCAGAAAAACUGUCCUGCAGUCGAAGAUGUGACAAAGGAGUUAGGAAACCAGACGCUGCAUUAUGCUUGAAGCAUCGCGGAUGUUUGUUUCUUCUGCACUGUCUAUUUGAAGCUGAUCAGGAAGAGAUUUCUGGUCCGAGCUUUCCUACUACUUUUUUCAAUUCUGAAAACGUUUCUCUUGAAAUGAGAGUCUAUCAUAAACAACCUCUCUACCUCAAACAAGACGGGGUUAGAUCCGUGUUCAUUCUAGUACCUUCCCCAGACAUCACACUGGGUCUGUUGCUGUAUUUGUAUUCAUAAAAUAAGUGCACAGAAUAUGUAACUAGACAAGCCGAGUGUUCCUUAAUCUUGGCAACAGAUCUGUUAUUGCCUAUGGUAUUACUAUAUAGUGUUUCCUCUUCUGAUUCUUGUGA